AGUGUGGCCGGUUUUCCCGUGGCGCUGUCCAGUCUGCAGCGUGUGGAGCUUGUGCUACUAGUUGCCGCCUUCUUGUGCGGGGCCCUGGCGGCUGCGGCGCUAAUCUGGACCCAGGGCUCCUUCAGGUGCAGCUGUCCCUUGUAUGGUGUAGCCCUGAAUCAUUCUUCCCUGGCCUUAUCCCGGCCCUCUGUCCCAUCACUCUGCUACUUUGACUGGGGCAUCUGCCUUCUGGCCCCCUACUACCUCUUGCUUUUGCUCUUCUGGGUCUGCUGCAGCAGCAUGAAGGAUUCCUACCAAGGUCCUAUAGGGCUCUGCAUUGCACUGGUUAUCUCAGCAACACCCAUCUUCUUGGUCUUAUUAUCUGCCUGUAUCCUUCGAUAUGGUACCAGUUCUCUCUGGAAUUCCACCAUCUCCUUGAACCGAACCAUUAGCUGCUCUGAAGCUCAGAGAAUUUCAUGGACACCCCUUGGAACUCCUCUCCAGUUUUAUUCCAGCCCACACAAUGCUGAACUGAGUUCCUGGGGGAAUCUGGUAUUGUGGUCUGUGGUCUCGGUGCUCCAGGUGGUGCAGUGGAAGUCUCUGGAGAGGGGUGCCUCUGAGUCGAGCUCUGAGGCAGAUGCUUUUGUUGGGUCCUGCAGGUCCCAUUUCUGA